AUGACUGAGCGCCAGACAGAUGAGGACCAUACUGCCGUGCUGAAAACGGAACACCUCUUUAUGAAAGCCUGCCGGUUCUGUCUAAACACCGAUGGAGUGCCAUCUGUGGCCGGCUGGUUGGGUGAAAGCCUCUCCCCGGCGCUCGCCAUCAGCCGGAUCAUUAGCGGGAUAAUCAACCCAACUCUAGGCAGCAGCCCGGCCUGCAGGCUCAGCAGCGCGGCCAGCGUCCAGGCGUGUCUGACCCGGGCGGUCAGGGCCACAGCGGACAAGAGCAGGGCAGGGGUCAAUGGAAGAGCGCCCGAGGGCAGAUCCUGGCUGCAGACUAAACCGGAAGGUAAACGACACCAGGCCGAGUCAGACACUAAGGGCUAA